CUACCAUUGACGAUAUCAAGACAGUGACGUAAGUCCAAUGGCACCGAAAAUAGAGGCCAGACAACACUAUAAGUACGGCCAUCUGCUGCCAUGUUUCUUUUCUCACAACACAUCUCCUGCUCCAAUCCAAACCCCCACCAAGUCUUAACACCAUGGUCGCCCUUGAAGCCGUACGCCAGUCCAACCGCCAACUCGCGAAACUCUCCCCCAGCCCCUUCACUGCCCUCUUCGUCGGUGGCACCAGCGGCAUUGGUCGCAGCACCCUUCGACAGCUCGCGCAAAACACACACAAGCCCUCGGUGUACAUUGUCGGCAGGAACGAGCAGAAUGCCUCGCCUCUGCUGCGCGAACUGCGACAAACCAACCCCGAAGGAACCUUUCACUUCCUCGAGGCCGACGUCACUCUCAUGCGCAAUGUCGACCGCGUGUGUGCGGAAGUCAAGCGACGAGAGGACAAGCUCAAUCUCUUGUUCAUGACGCCGGGCGGCAUCUCGCUCAGCGGGAGAACCGAAACCAGCGAAGGCAUCGACAAGAUUUUCGCCCUGAGAUACUACGCCCGCAUGCGCUUCGUGCAGAACCUCCUCCCACUACUAGAAAACACCGCACCCAGCCGCGUCGUCAGCAUCUUCGGCGGCGGCUUCGAAGGCCCCAUCAAAACGGAAGACCUCGACCUGCAAAAGAAUUACUCCAUCAUCAACAGCGCCUUCCACGCCAUCACCAUGACCUCGCUCGCAAUGGAGCACCUGGCGCAAAAGACGUCCAACCCGGACUUGAGCUUCGUCCACAGCUACCCGGGCAUUGUCGGCACGAACAUCUACACCAACAGCUUCCCUGCGCCCAUCGCCGCUUAUUACAACUACGUGAUGUGGCCGCUGAUGUGGCCCUUUUCCGUCAAUCUCGAGGAGAGCGGCGAGCGGCAUCUCUUUCACUCGACUUCUGCGCGAUUCCCGGGUAAAGGCGUUGGAACUGAUGCGAAGAGCGUGGAUAUUGCUGUAGGGUCGAAUGGACAAAAAGGCAGCGGAGUCUAUCUUACAAACUGGAAGGGCGAGACGAGCGUUGGAGGGAAAUAUAUGCGACGUUAUCGGGAAGCUGGCAUGCCGGCGAAGGUGUGGUCACAUACCACGGAAGUGUUACAGAGAGCGGCCGAGAAGAAUGCAGCGUAGCUUGAUUGAUUUUCAAUGUAGAAGUAGUGUACGACUUAUGAAUCGUCUCAUCCAUUU